ACAAAAAAAAUCCUAGAUGACAUCUCACAGUCUCACUACAAGCAACAGUGAUAAGGAGCAUUAUUAUUUGUAUGUUCCCAUUUCCCAUGAUCACCUGUGCAUGCAUGAACAAGUACAAAACCUAGUUCAGGUGAAAACAGUAUCUAAUAAUCUACUUCACACUCCUCACUCCUCACUCCUCACUUCUCACUCACUUCAAAAAUACCUAAGUAAACAAGAGAGAGAAACAAACCAAAGAAAAAAAAAAAAACACUGUUGAAUUCCCCACCUUUAAUUUCUCCCUCCAAUAAUCAAUCAUAUAUCCCUCCAUAACCACUAAGUCCUCCAGCUUCUUCAUAAACCCUUUCUUCUUCACUCCAUCAUAUCAUAUCAAAUAUCACUCUUUCUUCUUUUUCUCUCUCCUCUAAAAAAAAAAUCCCUCCUUUAGACCCACCCAUCAAUUUUGCGGGUCUACAACUUAACCCACUUUUUUUUUGCCCUUUUUCUUCUUCUUAAGAAUCACACUUAUACAUAAAUUUAAAAACCAUGGAAGAUGAUCUUCAUUCUAAUAACAAUAACUCAACUUUUCCACUACACCUUCUUACAACAACAACACACAACAAACUUGAACCGGCAGAAAAUAAUGAACCGGCGGUCCUUCAGGCCGGUUCUAAGAAACCGGCCCCGAAGCGGACUUCGUCGAAAGACCGCCAUACAAAGGUUGAUGGACGAGGAAGAAGAAUCCGAAUGCCGGCUCAAUGUGCAGCCCGGGUUUUUCAGCUAACCCGGGAGUUAGGUCACCGGUCUGAUGGUGAAACUAUUGAGUGGCUACUACAACAAGCUGAACCGUCUGUUAUUGCUGCUACUGGAACCGGAACUAUCCCGGCUAAUUUUACUUCACUUAGUCUUUCGGUUCGUCGGUCCGGUUCGACCGUUUCCGCCGGUUCACACACGAGACCGUUAGGAUAUACAAGUAACAGUUAUUUUGGCGGUAAUAAUAACUUUUACGUGAGUCCUUCUAAUUGGAUGGGUUUUUCUAAUAUGUUGAUGAUUAAUGGUGAUCACUUGAGUGAUCCUAGCCGUAGGAUUAAUUUAUUCCCUACUAGUAGUGGGUUGGUGGAUUUAUCAUCUACUCCUUCCACCACAUUGCUUAAUCUACACCCUACUAGUGAUGUUGCCACGUGUCAUGGGAAAAAGUGCGACGAUCAAGAUCGGGAUCAUAACCAUGAUGAUAAUGAUGAGGAUGCUGAUGGAGCUUUGAAUUUCGGGAUCGGGCCGGGUCAUGGGCCGGGGUCCGGGAGUAGUAGCACUACGACGUGGGCUUUUCCUAGUACUAGUAGUGCUACUAAUAGUAACGGUAGUAACAAUGCUUCGGUGGCUAGUGGAUUGCAUUUUAUGAAUUUUGUUAAUAAUAAUAAUCAUCAUAAUAAUAAUAAUACACCGAUGGGGAUUUUUGCGGGGCAGCCCUUGAUGGGACCUGCCGGUGGCGGUGGUGGUGGCGGUUUUGAUGGGCAGUUCGCGAUGCUUGCCGGGUUGAAUAACGGGUUAAGGGGUAUGGUGCCCGGUACAAUGAUUGGAUCCAAUCAACAAGAAAGGUCAAAUAAUAAUGUGGAUCAUGGAGAUGCUACUAGCUAGAAACUAGCUAGCUAGCAAAGCUUACUACAAACUAGGUAUGUUAUUUGUAGGUCAAACCAAUUUCAUCAAUAAUUACGGAAAUAGAGUGACGCAUAAGCAAGUCAUUGGUCAUUGUUUUCAUGUAUGCUUUUUUGAGUACUUUUAUUUUUGAUUAAAACGAAUUAGUGUGUUUUGUGUGUAUGUGCAAGGUGACAAUCAUUUUAAUUGUGGGUGUUAAUAUAGUUUUUGAUUAAUGACAAGAUUAAUUAUGUA